AUGUCCCUUUCAAAGACUAUUACUUUCCCAGUUAUUGGGGAAACUUACGAACAGCCGACUGGACUUUUUAUCAACAACGAAUAUGUCAAGGCCAGAUCUGGAAAGACCUUCGAUGUGAUUACUCCAAUCACCGAGGAGAAGAUUGCUACUUUGCAGCAAGCCGGUGCUGACGAUGUUGACUACGCUGUCGAGUGUGCUUCCAAGGCUUAUGCUAAGUGGAAAUUCACCAAGCCUGAAGUCAGAGCUAGAAUCUUGUAUCGUGCAGCAGAGCUUUUUGACGAAGAGAGAGAGGUCUUGGCCAAGAUUGAGUCUCUUGACAACGGUAAGUCGUUGGAUUGUGCUCGGUUCGAUGUCAACUUGGUUGUUGAGUACAUUAGAUCUUGUGCCGGAUACUGUGAUAAGGUUGAUGGAAGAACUGUUGAGACUGGUCCAGACCACCUCACAUACACCAAGAGAGAGCCUUUGGGUGUUUGUGGUGCCAUUACACCAUGGAACUUCCCAUUGCUUAUGUUCUCAUGGAAGGUUGGUCCAUCAAUUGCCACCGGUAAUACCAUGGUCAUUAAGCCAGCCAGUGCUACACCAUUGAGUAACUUGUACGCUGCCUCCCUUUUCAAGAGAGCAGGUUUGCCAGCAGGUGUCCUUAACGUCAUUCCAGGUAGUGGAAGAAACUGUGGUAACGCGAUCUUGCAGCAUCCAAAGAUUAGAAAGGUUGCAUUCACUGGUUCUACCUCGGUUGGUAGAGGCAUCAUGAAGGGUGCUGCUGACACCAUCAAGAAGGUUACCUUGGAGUUGGGAGGUAAAUCUCCAAAUAUUGUUUUCCAGGACUGUAACAUCAAGCAGACCAUCCAGAACUUGAUCACAGGUAUCUUCUUCAACGGUGGUGAGGUCUGCUGUGCCGGUUCCAGAAUCUACAUUCAGGCUACUGAUGAGAAGUGGUACAACGACUUCCUCCAGCAGUUCAAGGAGGCUGUUGAGAAGUUGAAGGUUGGUAAUCCAUUUGAGAAGGGCAUUUACCAAGGUGCACAGACCACACCUGACCAGUUCCAGACUGUUUUGGACUACAUCAAGAUCGCCGAGAAGACCAACUUGAAGUUGCUCACUGGUGGUCACAGAAUUGGUACUAAGGGUUUCUUUGUCGAGCCUACGGUUUACUACGAUGUUCCUCAGGACUCUCAGUUGACACAGGAAGAAAUCUUCGGUCCUGUCGCUGUUGUUUUGCCAUUCAAGAGCAUUGAUGAGCUUGUUGAGAAGGCCAACGACUCAGAAUACGGUCUUGGUUCCGGUAUUAACACUACUGACAUCAACAAGGCCAUCUACGUUGCUGAUAGAUUGGAGGCUGGUUCCGUUUGGAUUAAUACAUACAGUGAUCUCCAGCAGAAUGCUCCAUUUGGAGGUUACAAGCAGUCUGGUUUGGGCAGAGAGAUGGGUGCCGAAGCUUUGGAUAACUACACGCAGGUCAAGCUUGUCAGAGUGAAGCUCAACAAGCCUGAGCUAUGA